GGUUACCUAUGGAGAAUGACAACAAGAGAUCAGACAGAAAGAAAACAAGCUUGGAUUUCAGCUGUAUUGAACACGUCACCAUUUCAACCUGAGGAAUGCCGCACUCUUUCCCUCAGGAGGCAAACUGAUAUACUUUAUCAGGGUUUAAAAGGUUGUGGAGAUUAUAGCAGAUCGAUAGCCACCUGUACUGAGGAAUAUAAUACACUAAACUUAGUUUAACUCUAGUUGUGGAAAUACGCUAGCAAGAGGAAGUGACAUGACUGUGGUGGCGGGCGUGGUUUGGCUCAGCUGCAGAGGCGACGGAGGAGGGAGUGGCUCGGGGAACAGUGCCAGGAGGAGGCAUAAUUGGCCUCAGGUGGAAUUGUCUGUAUGUUCUGCCUUAAGAAGGAGAGAUCCGGUGACAGAGGGACAGAGUCUGGCGGAGAAGCUGGAGCCGGAUGCGCGUCAACUAAGGCAAUAUAAAGACGUGUGAAAUAAAGACUGUUAAAACGCCACUCUGUUUCCUCGUCUUUCCACGUUCCCCCCAAGGACCGGCGGCAGACGACGACCACCAGCAGGGGAUGACAGCCCAGCCGAUUGUGGCGCUCGGUCGGAUGAUCAGCGACCAUCCUGAGGGAGCAGGCGGACGCCAACCGGCAGUUCCUGGGGGCGCUCCAGGCCCAGGUGGGGAGACAAGCCCAGGCCCUGGAGCAGCUGGCCGCACGGCCCGCAGCCGGUCUCACAGUCCACCGAAUGUCAGCAGGGGACGACGUCCAGGCAUUUCUGGAGGCCUCCGAGGCGACGGCGGAGGCGUGUGGCUGGCCGGCGGGAGAGUGGCCCGUCCGGCUUUUGCCUCUACUGGCCGGGGAGGCGCAGACCGCAGCCAUGGGGCUGCCUCUGGCAGCACGGCGCGUCUCGACGUUAAAAGGGCCGUGGUGGAUAGACUGGGGCUGUUGCCGGAGGACCACCGCCAGAGAUUCCGCGAGGCCAGGCUGGGCCCCGGGGGACCGACCAUUCGCGUGCCGUCGGUGCAGCCGCUGCACGCAGGAGGGGUCCGUGGCGUAAUGACGAAGUUGGUGCUGGAGCAGUUCGGGGAGGGGCUCCCGGGCCGGGAGCGACGUACCGCGUUCCGACUGACGCGUCGAACAGAGGGCUGGGGGACGUUUUCUCCCAGGAGGUGCGGGGGGGGGGGGGGGACCCCCCGUGGUGUACAUCACCCGGAAGCUGUCUGAGAGGGAGGCCAGGUACAGCACCUGGAUCACUCGGUGGUAUCUGGCUCUACAGCCUUUUAAUUUCCAGGUGGUCCAUAGGCCGGGGGCGCAAAUGGCUGUGGCUGAUUUCCUCUCCCACUCCUGAAAGGGGGGUAGGCUACUUAGGCUACUUACCUUAAGAAGGAGAGAUCCGGCAACAUGGGACAUGACAGAGUCUAGCGGAGAAGCUGGAGCCGGACGCGCGUCAACUAAGGCAAUAUAAAGACGUGUGAAUUAAAGACUGUUGAAACGCCA